GUUCCCAAACAGCAGACAAAAAUUUUUGAGUUGAAACUUGCUUUUAACAGCCAUGUCUCCGGUGAAUUCAGUCGCUGUGAACUUUACUGCUCAGGUGGCAGUGCCUUACGUUGACUCAGGGACUGGUUCUUUGGCACAGACUGAAGAUUCGUGUCGAAAUCGGGAAUCAAAAUUUUCAUUCACGUUAUCGAAGACAGAUUGCGAGUUCUACCAGCUGCUGUUGAAAUCAGUUUGUGAUGAUGAGCAGCCGUUGCCUGAGCCGGAAUUUGGAGUGCAGCCUGGUUCCAUGGUGCAGACUGAAGAUAUGAAUCCAAUUUGGAUAUCAUCUGCAACAGCCAUGUACAUGUCGUCGCUAGGAGAAGAAGAAGGUAAUCGUAACUUGCCACAGCAGUUCAAUUCUCAGGAUAGCUCUGAAAGAGACGCUGUUGAACAGAGAGUUGGGUCUUUUGAACCAAACUUAAAUCACCUGGAUCAUGCUGGUCUAGCUUCAAAUGGACGAAAACAUCGUAAACCAAGGCGGACAACAAUGGAAAAAGCAAGGAGCCUACUUGAUGAAGCAGGAUCAUCAAUUGCAGCUUCCAUUGGACAGAAACGAAAGGAUUGCGAAACAAGAAUUCUGAAAGAAGAGCAAGAACAUGAAAGAAAAGUGAAAAAAAGAGAGCGAGAUAGAAAAUAUCGUGCAAACCUUAAGAAUCAAUACCAUAGACUGAUUACAAUAGCAUCCAGUUUUGGGGGAAUUGACCAAAUGGAGUCAAAGAUUAAUCACAUGAACUCUGAGUUACAUAGACUCCAAAAAAAAGAGGUAGAAUACGACAUGUUCCAGCAAGAAAUUGAAACGGACUUCCAUCGAUUAGGGCUAAUGAAGUUGAAGUAUGGUGGAUAUCUGGAAAUGGAAUCCAUGUUGGAUAAAUUCAAGGUAUUUAUUGUGCUGUAAUUUCCUCAUGUUAGUAUUAAGUUUGACUUUUUACUUGCAUCAUGUUAAUUUAACCGAUGUUAAGAUUUAUGAUUCUUAAUGUGACAAGGAAAUCGAGACCAAGUCCCAUAUAUUAGAUCAAAUAAAAUCUAAGUUCGGGGUUCAGGAAACCGAGUCCAUACUGGAUAAAUUAAUGGAAAUGGAGGCCCAGGUAAAUAGGCUCGACCAAAUAAAGUCAUUGUUUGUUGGAAUUGAUGAUGUAGAGACGGAAAUAAAUAGGCUGAAGAAAAUAGAGUUCAACCAAAAGGAACUGGAAUCUUAUCAGUUUCAGGCAUCUCCUGGUAGCCACGAGGUACGUCUCUCUUUCUCUGUAUCUUUAGCUUUACUUUUCUUUUGGGUUCGACGUGGUGAAGGUUUAAAAUUAGGAAGGCUAUAGUUUCUCCCUCAGUCUUAUCCUUCCAUGCUUUAUGGUUUAUAGUUUAAUUUCCUCUUUUCCAUCUGUCAGAUUAGUGAUCCCUCCUUAGUUGACCUCUUGUAUGAACGUACGUACACUCGUACCAUUGUAGAAACUAAUUUUAUUCGAAUAAAUUUCAAUUUUUUUUUCGGGAUUUUGAGUUUCGAAAUUAAAACACAUUUAAUCAAUUUAAUUGGAUUUUAUGGACUUAAUUUUAUUGUGAUCAUUUUUUAUUUUAUUUUAUUUUAUUUAAUGUUAAGAUUCACAGUCCAUU